UCAAAGCACAACGUUUGAUCAUACGCUUCAUAGAAAUAAGAAAAAAUUUCUGCGAAAUUCAGCAUUUUGUUUGGGCGGUAGAUAGCCGUGGAGUUGGUUGGUGAGUUUCAUUGAGUCAAUCCACCAACCCCAACUACAAUUAUUUCAUUCCUGUUGUUUGGAAGGAGAAAACACAAUCCCAACUUUCUCGAGAAAGUGAGAGAAAAUGGCGCAAGUUGGCAAAUUUAUCAGUAAUGGAUCACAAAGCACCUGUCUUUUGCCCAACGUAUCAAGAUCCACUAAACCCAAUUCCGUAUUUCCAGUCUCGUUUGGAUUAUCUUCCCAGCUUAAAGGGUCUUGGGGCUUGGUUUUGAAUGAGAAUGGGAGACGGAGCACCGUUGCUGUUCGUCCGUUUAGGGUUUCAGCAUCACUGGCAACAGCAGAGAAGCCUUCCAGAUCAUCGGAGAUUGUGCUGCAACCUAUCAGGGAAAUCUCCGGUACCGUCACGUUGCCUGGUUCCAAGUCGCUCUCCAAUCGGGUUCUGCUUCUCGCUGCUCUAUCUGAGGGAACAACUGUGGUGGACAACUUGUUGAAUAGUGAUGAUGUUCAUCACAUGCUUGUUGCUUUGGGAAAACUUGGACUACGUGUGGAAGAGGACAGUGCAAUGAAACGAGCAAUAGUGGAAGGUUGUGGUGGUCUGUUUCCAGUGGGCAAAGGAUCAGGUUCUGAAAUUGAACUUUUCCUUGGGAAUGCAGGAACAGCAAUGCGACCUCUUACUGCAGCGGUUACAGCUGCAGGUGGCAAUUCAAGUUACAUACUUGAUGGGGUACCCCGAAUGAGAGAGAGACCAAUUGGAGACUUAGUUGCUGGUCUUAAGCAGCUUGGUUCUGAUGUUGAUUGUAUUCAUGGCACUAAUUGCCCUCCUGUUCGUGUAAACUCAAAGGGGGGCCUUCCUGGGGGAAAGGUGCAACUCUCUGGAUCAAUAAGUAGCCAAUACUUGACUGCUUUGCUAAUGGCAGCUCCUUUGGCCCUUGGAGAUGUGGAAAUUGAGAUAAUUGAUAAACUGAUUUCAAUUCCUUAUGUUGAGAUGACUAUAAAGUUGAUGGAACGCUUUGGAGUCUCUGUAGAACACACUGGUAGCUGGGAUCGCUUUUUCAUCCGAGGAGGUCAAAAGUACAAGUCUCCUGGUAAUGCUUAUGUUGAAGGUGAUGCUUCAAGUGCUAGUUAUUUCCUAGCUGGAGCAGCAGUCACUGGUGGAACUGUAACAGUAGAAGGAUGUGGAACUAGUAGUUUACAGGGAGAUGUAAACUUUGCUGAGGUUCUUGAGAAGAUGGGUGCUAAAGUCACAUGGACAGAGAACAGUGUCACUGUUACUGGACCACCACGAGAGGCUUAUGGAAGGAAACACCUGCGUGCUAUUGAUGUCAACAUGAACAAAAUGCCAGAUGUUGCCAUGACUCUUGCUGUAGUUGCACUUUUUGCCGAUGGUCCCACUGCCAUAAGAGAUGUGGCAAGCUGGCGGGUGAAGGAGACUGAACGAAUGAUUGCCAUUUGUACAGAACUCAGGAAGUUGGGAGCAACAGUUGAAGAAGGACCAGACUAUUGCGUGAUCACUCCACCUGAGAAAUUAAAUGUGACCGCAAUUGACACUUACGAUGAUCACCGAAUGGCCAUGGCAUUCUCCCUUGCUGCCUGUGCAGAUGUCCCAGUUACCAUCAACGAUCCAGGUUGUACCCGGAAAACCUUCCCAGACUACUUUGACGUCCUUCAAAAGGUUACAAGAGUUUGAGCAUCUGUUCCCCUUCACAAACGGAGUUAUAAAUAAGAGAGGGAUAGAUUGGGAUUUGCGACUGUCACUAAAAUCAUGAUGGGGUAGCAAUCCAAUAACUCCAAUCUGUAAUCCGUGCUACGUUGUAUUCUUUGAUAAAUUUAUAUGAGCUUCUUAGAUUUCUCUAUUUUGUAAUUUAGAGACCGUUUGACAAAGCUUUUUCUAGAGUUGAUUUGAUUUUUAGCGAAAUUUAUAAAAUCUUUGCUUCUCA